CCUUUACCUCCUACGAUGGCAGACAAUCUUCCCACAGAGUUUGAUGUGGUUAUAAUAGGGACAGGUUUGCCUGAAUCUAUCCUUGCAGCUGCAUGUUCAAGAAGUGGACAGAGGGUUCUGCAUGUUGAUUCAAGAAGCUACUAUGGAGGGAAUUGGGCUAGUUUCAGCUUUUCGGGAUUGCUUUCCUGGUUGAAGGAAUAUGAGCAGAACAGUGACACAGAGGAAGAAACUGCAGCUGCAUGGCAAGACUUAAUCCAUGAAACAGAAGAAGCCAUUGCUCUUUGCAAGAAAGAUGAGACCAUUCAGCACACAGAAGUUUUUUGUUAUGCCAGCCAAAAUGCAGAGGACAGUGUUCAAGAGAUUGGUGCUCUGCAAAGAAAUGCUUCCUCAGUGGCAUCUAGUACCCUCACUGAACCUCUGCAUUCUGCAGAGUUGCCUCAAGAAGGGCACUCAUACAUUACUAGCAAUGAAUUACCUGCUGAACAUACCCCCAAAAGUGAAAGCACGAUUUCAUUAGAAGAAACUGAUGUAGAAGAAUCACCAGAGAAAGAAAGGAACUGUGAAGAUAAAACUUGUAUGCCUCCAGUUUCAGAUGGAGAUAAGGUUGAAAAUAAACCUUCUAUAGAGGAUAAUACCAAUCAACCAAAGAGAAAUGUGAUUACUUACCCACAAAUAGUUAAAGAAAGCAGGAAGUUUAACAUUGAUUUGGUAUCAAAGCUGCUGUAUUCUCAAGGAUCACUGAUUGAACUUCUAAUCAAAUCAAAUGUUAGUCGUUAUGCAGAAUUUAAAAAUGUCACUAGGAUUCUUGCAUUUCGGGAAGGAAAGGUAGAACAGGUGCCUUGCUCCAGAGCAGAUGUCUUUAAUAGCAAAGAACUCACUAUGGUUGAGAAGAGGAUGCUAAUGAAAUUUCUUACAUUCUGUUUAGACUAUGAACAGCAUCCUGAUGAAUACCAAGAUUUCCAGCAAUGUUUGUUUUCUGAGUACUUAAAAACUAAAAGACUAACCCCCAAUCUCCAACAUUUUAUACUACAUUCAAUUGCAAUGACAUCAGAAUCAUCUUGCACUACAUUAGAUGGCCUUAAAGCAACAAAAAACUUUCUUCAGUGUCUUGGACGGUUUGGCAACACUCCCUUUUUAUUUCCUUUGUAUGGCCAAGGAGAAAUUCCUCAAUGUUUUUGCAGGAUGUGUGCAGUUUUUGGUGGAAUCUAUUGUCUUCGCCAUAAAAUCCAAUGCCUCGUAGUUGACAAAGAAUCUGGAAAAUGUAAAGCAGUUAUAGAUCACUUUGGUCAAAGAAUAAAUGCUAACUAUUUUAUUGUGGAAGACAGUUACCUUUCUAAGGAAACAUGUGCAAAUGUGCAGUAUAAGCAGAUCUCAAGGGCAGUUCUUAUUACAGAUCAGUCUAUACUAAAGGCGGAUUCUGAUCAGCAGAUUUCCAUUUUGAUAGUGCCUCCAGUGGAACCAGGAGCUUGUUCUGUUCGGGUCACAGAAUUGUGUUCAUCAACCAUGACAUGCAUGAAAAAUACCUAUCUAGUACAUCUCGCCUGUGAAUCUUCAAAAACAGCAAGAGAAGACUUAGAAUCAGUGGUGAACAAAUUGUUCACCCCUCUUGCUGAAACAGAAGUAGAUAAGGAAGAACUUAGAAAACCAACACUCUUGUGGGCUCUUUAUUUUAAUAUGAGAGAUUCCUCAGGAGUCAGCAGAAGCUCGUAUUGUGGCUUACCUUGCAAUGUUUAUGUCUGCUCUGGACCUGACUCUAGACUGGGAAGUGAGCAUGCGGUCAAGCUAGCAGAAACAGUGUUCCAGGAGAUCUUUCCAAGUGAAGAAUUCUGCCCUCCUCCUCCAAAUCCAGAAGAUAUCAUCUUUGAUGGUGAUGAUAAGCAACCAGAGGCUCCUGAAACCAGUAAUGUAACUGUGGCCAAGGUAGAAUCUUCUGAAGAAAGCAAAAACCUAGAAGGCGCCCUUUAAAACUAGAAAAUAGCAAACUGGAGUUGUACUUCAUCUUGGCAUCAGAAUAUUCUCAUUUGAAGGACAAUUUUCCAUAUGACUAAUGAGGAGUGGUUAUAUGAAUACUAUGCAGAUGUUGUCUUUAAGUCCUUUUGAGAGAUUGGCUGUUGAAAGUCUUUGUUAAUCAGUAACUGAUUUAUUUGGUUAUUGGACUUUGUGGUUCAGAAUCAGCUCCAUGAUUCAGAAACUUAAAACAGGGUUAGCUGUAUCUUAAUAUUGGAUACAUAUGUGAGAGUUCCAUGUUAGUGACUUUGCUUGAAGAUAAAACUGUUACCAUUACUGAUCUUCAGAUUUUAUCAUUGUCCACAGAAUAAUUAAUAUAAGAAAUACAGAUUUUAUCAUUGUCCACAGAAUAAUUAAUAUAAGAAAUACAGAUUUUAUCAUUGUCCACAGAAUAAUUAAUACAAGAAAUACAUUAGUUCAUUUUGCAGCUAUUACAGUUGCUACCACCUUUCAUAGAAAAACAAAUAAUCAUUAUGUAAGUAUUGUAUAUAAUAUAAAUAAUGUAGACUUAGAACAGUAACUAAUAAAAGUGCCAGUAUGAUAAAAGUAUAUUUGUCUGUAAUUAUUAAAAGAUUAGUUUUGCAUGGUCCUUAUUCUCUGUGAAGGCCAUGUGUUUACAUUUUCCACUUUAAUUUGCCUACUUAGCCCUUGUAACCAAGUGAAGCAAUGACAUCACCAUAGUCUUUACAAAAAGAAACAUUAUUCAAUAGUUGAAGAGCUCAUCUGGGGGACAUAUAUUCCAAGGAUUAGGGGAUAAGAUCAGUUAAAAAAAAAUCUGUAGAACCCUGUUCUGGCACCUGAAAAAAACUUCCAACAGGCAAUUCUAGCUAAAAGAAAAAUUUGUUUACCCCACAUACUUCAGAUGGUUGUUCUGAAAUUACUAAAGAGAAACAGAAUGAAGCAUUUGAGACUACAGAUAAUUUUUUUAAUCCCUAAAUAAUUUCUCAUCUAAGUUUUCUCAAUGGAAUGCACCACCUGUUGGCAAUACUACUUUUAAUGUAUAGAAUUAAUCAGUAGGAUUUAUUGUGCCCCUAAGGUUGUAUCUCACCAGAAAUAUAGGUAACAGCAUUCAUAAUCACUUCUGCCUCUUGACAGUUGUCUGUAGAGAAUAGAAAUUUUGUUUUCCUGUACAACCACUGGAAAUCAUAAAUCUGGUUGUACUCCAGUGUUGACAACUUGCAGGACUGUCAGAAGAGGUGAACUUCCUCAGUCAGUCUGAUUUCCAUGUAUCAGGAAAAAAAUAAUGGUCCUUUAAUAGUUUUUGCUCUGACAUGAAGCAUUUACUGUGCAUUAGAUACUUACUGUGUUUUCUAUAACUUUCUCAACAGCAUUAUAAGGCAGAUAUGGCAUACCUUCAGAUUAAUUUGGUGUGGAGAAGCCAAUAUCAGAACCUAACCUAGUCUGUCAUGAUCCCUAAGUCUUUUAUCUUUUCAUGAAUGUUCACUGUAGUUACUGUAAAAGAAGUAAAAGUGCCUGAGAAAAUCAGAAUCUCAUUGUUCAGAAACGAGUAUAGACAGAUACUAAUUCUGUAGCAUAUUCUAGAAUCAAACAUUAAAUGUACAUUUAGAGCUGUGAAUCUUAAAACAAUUUGGCUGAGUUAACAAAAUAAUGCUGUUUGGUAAUAUGUCAAUCUGAAGAUUGUGUUAUCAAAAAUGUAAAUAUGCCAACAUACAUUCUUUUCUUGCUCUUCUAGUAUGAGGAAAAUGAGACAAGACUGAUUUAAGUAAUAACUUAUUAAAAGUGGAAAAAUCAUGGCUUGGUAUUCACAUUGAUGUUCUAAAUGUGGUAAAGUAUUGUUGAGUGGCUCAAAACAUCAAAAUAACUAAAAUGUUUGAUAACCUACAAAUAGUGAUUAAACAAUUUUUUAAAAUCUGAAGGUAAAAAUAGAGGCAAAAUUAAUUCAGACCCGCAGAAAAGUUUUUCAGAAACAGAUUAUUCAUAAGAAAUAAAAAAUGGUGAGACUUUAUAAAAGGUUAUAAUGGAAAUAUGCAAAAGUAUACUAGACCCAAGAUAAAGAUCAUUUUAAAAACGAACAAAAUGAAUAUAUUAUUUCCUUAAACUGAUGUAAAAUAAAUUGGAAAUGAGGCAAGUUUUAACCAAUAAACAUUUAAUAAUUUAUGGGAUAUUAUAAUCCAGUGUAAUCUCCUGACAAGUUAGAAUUUAACUCUGCUUGGCUUAUUGGUCACUUUUUAAAUGUUUAAGGAAUAAAUACGUAGGUAUCAUAAAAGAUGGUAUGCUGCUAAUUGUAUUUGCAGACAAGUAUAACUUGUAAUGCAGACUACUAAUCUCUGUUCAUCAAAAAGAACGAUUUUUAUUUUCGUUUGAUCAUAUUUUCAUGUCCGUAUCUUGUAAUCUGAGCAACUACUUUGACUAACAAUAUGUAGUAUAUUACCACUGUUAAUAUCUUACUUGUUUUGAAAUUCUGUAGUUUUUAUUUUAUCAUUUUAAAAUUAAAAAAAAAUUAACCCAAAUAUAAAAAGGUUCUCAUUUUGAACAGACAAAAAGUGCCAAGUGAAAUUUUGACACAGUACAGCAACAAAUAAAAAAUUAUUUCCUAUGACUCAAAAUUGUAAUACUAAUGUUGAGUAAAAUAAUCAUUACAUCAAUAUCAAUAGAACGAAAUUGUGAAAAUCCAAAGUAUUAACUACAUUAGCCUUUUAAAAAUUUGCCCUUCAUCUUUGGUUAUUGGUGCUAGUGAGUUUAUAGGCUUCUCAUAAUGUGAUAAAUAACUACUUAAAAUUAAGAGCUGACAAUUUGGGAAACCAUACAUUUCUCAAAUUAAGCAGUGCUGGCACUAUAUUUACAUAUGGUUGAAAAAACACUGAAAGUUUUAAACAUUUACAAAAUAAAGACAAAGCAGCAUAUUUUCUGUUUACAUGUCUAUAACUAGCCAUACUGAUACAUAAAUAUAUUAAUAGUAAAUGACUGAGGAAUUUGCAGGUUGUGUGAGGUAAGGAUCCUGUUUCUAAAGUGUGCGGUUUAAAAAUAUUUGAGUAUUAAUAUAUGUAUAAAUCAUUUAAGGAAAGUUACAUACAAUAUUGGGAUAAUUUUUAAAAGAUACAUAAAAGAUUGAAAGCGAAACUCAAAAUAUGAGAAUACAUGAGACAAGUCCUAGUAUAAUGGAAAAAUAAUAGGGAGUCUUUGCAUCACUUCUUACCUGUUAUCUUGGGAAGAUCACCUUAGCUUACAUUUCUCCAUCUACAAUAAGUAAUUAGAAUUAUCCUGGGGAUUAGUUAAUGUGUAUAAAACCACACCCAGAUGAAUGCUAAUAUGUGACAUACAGAUUUAGUAUAGUAGUAUUUAACAUUCCAACUGAACGUUUUAUGCGGUGACAGUGUUGGUGAUGUAAGGAUUUUUUUUUAAGUUUAGAUUUGAAAACUGGGAGUUUCACUUUUCAAAUUUUUAUUGUGUUAAGCAGUCUUUCUAUAUAUUUUGUGACUAGAAUGUUUAAGAUUAAUAAAACAUUUGGAAAAAGGUAUUUUACUAAAAGUAAAAUGAACCAGCUGGAUCAAUGGAGAUACUAGGUCCACUUGUCAUAUGAUAAUUUUAUUUCAGAAGAAUGACGAUGUUACAUAUAAAAGAAAAAUAAGUAUUUUCAUUGCAAUAGUAGUGCAAAGAUUUCGUGGCAGUGAAAAAGCAUUAACAAGGUAGAUCUCUUUAAAAAAAGAAUGAAGAGUGUAUACUAAAGGAAAGGUGGAAUAAAAAAGCUGUUUGGAUUCACAAGUGUUUUAAUAUUUUUUUAAAGUGGAUGGAAAUCUUUAAGACUUUGUAUACCUUAGUGGGUAGAUUUAUAAAGAAUAUAAAUAAUACAAGUAAUUCUUAGAAUAAUAUUCGAAUCAACUAUUAAAAGUGAAAAUAGAAACAACUUUGACCUAGUUCAUGCUGUUAUAUUGAGCAAAAAUUUUUAAGUGUGCAUGUGUCUUUAUACUGAAAGUAUUGUAUAUUAGUAGUCAUUAAAAAAAUGAGGACUAAUGAGCUCUAUGCCUUUUAACAUACUAAGUCACUUUGGGUAUACCCAGGAAAAUAUUUAAAGAAAAGCUACUUGUGCAAGUUUUGUUUUUUAAAAGCCCGUAAGUUGAGAAAUGGCUAAGUGUGAUUCUAUUUCUAUGGUAAACUGUCAUAUAGUCUCUAAAUGUUAUAUGUAAAGUUGUAUGCAAAAAUACUUAGAAUCAAAAUGUUAAUUAGAAUAUAAAUUACAUUUACUGGUUAUAAUUGUAUAAAAAUUUAGGUUUCAACACUGAAAAAAAUCCAACAGUUACAGUUUAACAUUAAGGAGUUCUUUUUUCUGUAAACUACUGAUAUGUGUAAUAAAAAUAAAAGAUUAAUUUGCAAAA